AUGCCGACUCCACCUCCCGACGUCCCCUUGCAUCACUUGAUUGAAAGGGCCAUCGUAAGUCGAACUCCGGCGGGCAGCGUUGGCGGCCACGCUCGUCUUGGCAGCCCCACCAGCUCGCCGACGUGCCAGCCGCGGCGCGGUUGCUCGUGCCACCUCGGCCGGCGAGCUGCUUAAUACCUCUUCCGCGCCCAGGUGAAACCCGCGAUGAGGAGGCCCAGACUAGACCGCUGACAAACCCCGGAUCACUCUCCAACAGCUGCUCGAAAAGAUCGAUCGUGAUCUGUACCGUUCCAAGGAGCUCUGGAAGGUGCGUAACGCGACAUUCCCUUCCGCCGCCGUCGUCUUCGCGUGCAAUGAGCAACCAGCGUCGGGCCCCACACGUCUCGGCGCGGCGAUACAAAGCUCGCACAUGGCAUAGCUCUACGGCUUUCAAAGUGCGAGAUCUCACCGGAAAAAUCUGACAACCCGUCUUCUUUGGUCUACCCCCGCAGCCAUCGGGAGGCCGAGGCGUGUUUGGCGGACAAACGAUCGCCCAAUCCGCGUGGGCAGCAACCCUCUCGGUCCGAGACGACGAGCCAGGCACCGCCAAAGGUCUUCACUCGCUCCACGUGAGUACGCCUUACUUUCCUAUCAUCGUGUCAGUCAGCCCUACUGACCCUUCUACCUUUGCCCGCCCACCCCGGAUCACUCCGUGACAAAAUUUUCUCGGCUACUCGGUUGCCGGACAGUCCUACUUUCUCUCAUUCGGCAACGUCGACAACCCUAUUCUUUGUGAGCAACACCCAAAAGACGGCCCAGCUGCUGGAUUUUCAUUCUGACGAUUCCUGGUCGAUCGUGUGCACAGAUUCGGUCCAACGCCUCCGAGACGGGAGAUCGUAUUCGACCCGAACGGUCCUAGCAACCCAACUCGGCGUCCCCAUCUUCGUCGUAACGUGUUCGUUCGCCGUACCCGAACCCAAUCAGCCCAUCACCGAACCCGUGUUCCCCAAAUGGCCCCUCGAGCCGUCGCGUGGCGCAGGGAGGAUCCAGGAUAUACCUCCCCCAGAGGAGUGCCUGUCGACCGAGGACAGGCUGCAAUACGUUUUGGACAACGUCAAGGUCCCUGAGAAGCUGAGGGUCUAGUAAGUUUAAUUUCGAUGCUUCUCGAAGCGUUCCUGCGCGCAAAUGACUGACCAUCGUGCCUUCAUAUGAAUCAUCACCAGCGUCGACCGACAAGCGGAAGAACGUCGCCAAUCGGCGAUCGAGGUGCGCAACGCCGAUCGCACCGAGUUGUCGGGUUUGAUCUCGGCCAAGAAGAACGAUCCGAGGCCUCAGCAGAUGCACUGGUUCCGAUCGCGAGCACCCGUGCGAGAUGAUCCCGCUUUCCACAAGGUGAGGCUUUCGUCCCCCGAGGUGCCUGUGCCACCCUUCUACCUUUUAAUCUGCUGACUCCCGCGAUCGUUCGGCUUGAUCCUUGUAGUGUGUCUUGGCGUAUGCCUCUGACUUGCAGUUCAUCGGCACCGCUGCACGAGCCGCAAACUUGGGAGCUCGUACGACGCCUCGUCUAGGCAUGCUCGCCUCGUUGGACCACGCCAUGUAUUUCUACGACGAUACCGUCGACGCGUACGACUGGUUACUCUUUUACAUGGAGGCGACGGUCGUCAGGAGUGGUCGUGGGUUGGUCACGGGGAGAAUUUACAAGAGGGAUGGGACUUUGGCGGUGGUGUGUCAACAGGAAGGGGUGGUUAGGGCUCAACUUUGA